AUGAGGCUGAAAGAACUUCUUCGUGAAGAAGAAUUAAAGUGGGCGUUGCGGGCCAAGGUCCGAAGAGUUGUCCAGAGGGACGCGAACACUCAAUUCUUCCACAUGAUCGCCAAUGGAAAACACAGGAAGAAGAGGAUCUUUCAGCUUGAACAAGAUGAAGGAACGAUUAUCGGUCAGGAGAACCUAAAAUCAUACAUUACUGAGUAUUACAAGCAGUUGUUUGGACCCCCAGAGGAUAACUGUGUGUCUCUGGAUGAGUCUAGGGUUGAGGAUGUGCCUCAACUCACUGUUGUUCAGAAUGAUAUUUUGGCUGCUCCUUUUUCUGAAAAGGAGGUUUUCGAAGCCAUCUCGCAGAUGAAAAAUAAUAAAGCUCCUGGCCCGGAUGGUUUCCCGCCUACUCAAUCUGCUUUCAUGCCGGAUAGGAACAUCCUUGAAGGGGUUGUGGUCCUUCAUGAAACGCUCCAUGAGAUUCACACGAAAAAACUUGAUGGAGUUAUUUUCAAGGUGGAUUUUGAUAAGGCGUACGAUAAAGUCAAGUGGUUGUUCCUUCAACAGGCCUUACGCACACACAAGGGCCUGAGACAAGGUGAUCCCAUGUCCCCUAUCUUGUUCAACAUUGUCGCUGAUAUGUUGGCGAUCCUGAUAGGGAGGGCAAAGGAGGCCGGUCAGGUGGGUGGCUUGGAGCCUCAUCUAGUUGAUGGUGGUGUGUCCAUCCUGCAGUACGCCGAUGAUACAAUCAUCUUCAUGGAGCACGACGUGGCUAAAGCGAGAAAUAUGAAGCUGUCCAUUCCCCUCAAUAUUCAGUUUCGGAGGGUGCUUGUUGGCGACCGGUGGGAAGCUUGGCUUCAUUUGAAUUAG